ACCAUUAACUCUCAACCACUUGUUUCGAUCGAGCCAAUGGACUAAACUGGAUUGACAACCUUGAGCCUAUAAAAAGCGUAGAAACUCAUAUGAAAGAAAGCACUGAUAAGACAUAUAUACAAUGGGGUACUACUACUUCUCAGAUACUUCUGCAGCCCCGAUGAUAUUCGUAAUCACACUCUUGGUCGGGUUCCGGAGCGUUACUUCCCAUAAAUCUCCGUUCUGCAGCACCGUUCGGGUGGCCCACCCGAAGAAGUUCUCCGAUUUCGUAGAUGAAGCUCUUAAGGUACUGGUGGUAUUUACACGUUACCCUCCGCCUCCGGUUCAGGGAAAACCCACCGGCCGUGUUGUAAUCAUUCCUCCGACGGCGCCUCGUGGUGCAGUGAAAGCCUUGUCCACUUGUCUGGUUGGCGUCACCGGUGCCGAUUGUAAUCGUUGUCUUGCCGAUCUUGAGCUGCAUUUGCUGAAAUGCAAAACCUUUACUCGUGGAGAAGCUUUGCGUAAAGGUUGGUGCAGCCUUCGAUUCCGUCAACUCUAAAUACUCUGCCUCUGAUGUCAAAGCUUGGAAUCAAGCAACCAUAGAAAUCAAAGAAAAUAAUGUGA